AUCAGUGGUGGCCAAGUAGCGCAACAUCUUCUUCCUGCGGCCAGCCGCCAUGUUGUCAUCGCGAUUGUAAUUGUUUACAGGGUUCGCCUGAGUGAAAGAAGAGAUAAGGUCAGACCGAAGGGAGCCCAAGGUCCGCAGCCGCCAACCCGUGUAUUGCAUAAGCCGCAACACCAGAGAGCAACCGGAGAAAGCUAUUGGACCAACUCAUACACACACACACACACAAACAAUCCUUGGUCGAGCCUUACUGCGCGCUCCAGUCUAGUGCGAACCUUCUAGUGGUGAACGUGGGUCGCGGACACUUUUACUCUCAUUGAUUAAAGCAGCCGGCGCUCCACCGCCUAUUGAUAACAAACGGAAGCCACUCUUGUUUUAGAAAGGAUUAACUAUUCCAACCGUCAUGCUGCUUACCUAUGACGUAUGAUAGGACAUGCCAGGAUGGAUGCAGCCUGUGAUUGACAGUGAAAAUCAGGCAUCACCUAUGAAGGAAGAUGCGUCUGGCCCAUUGGGUAAGACUGGGGAUCAUAACUGCCAUCUCCCUGCUAUGUCUCAGCCUCCAGGUUGAAAGUAGUGAACCUUCGAAACGAGCUGUAAGCUCGGCAAAGACACAACGAACUUUAUUUGGAUUUAGACGAGGAAGACAAUCAAAAAGAAAGAGACCACCUGGUUUCUUUACACUCCUCAAUCAGUUUGUUUCAGAAACAGUCAAUGAUACAACAAUAGCUUAUAGGAACAUUUCAGUGAUAUUCACUGAACAAUUCAGAGGAGGCAAUUCGUCACAGAAUCAAAUGGAAGGUGGCAACAGUACAAUGACAAAUGGCACCCGCCCUGCAUUCUCCAUGAAACAAGUGUUUGACCUUCUUGGGAGAAACUACCGUGGCUUGGUCAAAUUAUUCAAUAGCGAACUUCGUAAUGCCAUCACUGACUCCAACAAAAAUGUCGCCAGAUACAGACAAGAGUUCAGAGAAGCAGUCACACCAUUCUUCCAACGAAAUACCAAUAUAACUUUGAAUGGCUGAUCGAAUGAUUGGUUCUAUCUUAGAACUCUUUGAAUCAUUCUCUAAGGCUACGGUUCAAUAAUUGAGAUGCUCACCUGAUGCAAUAAGAGUACAAGAAUACAAUUCACUCUGAAAUAAUAGAGAAAUGUGGUGCAGUAGGGUGAUGGGAAGCCAUUCCAUUUAAAAUGUUACCAAAUCAUUCGAAAGUUGGCGCAUCAUAUUAUUAUAGAACGAAAAUUAAUUAUUGUAAGAUAGUAUCUUUGAAAUGUGGUACUCAACCAAAAUCAGCCAUUUCUAUUGUAUAUAUAUAUAGAUCACAAAAAAUGUAUAAUGUGUACAUAUUUGAGUUUCGACAGAAAGCUAUUAUUUAUUAUCAUACAAAAUGUAUUUCCUCUUCACUCUACAAAAACGAGUGGAAACAACGGACAUGAAUUUGUUUAAAUUUGAUAAAAUUCGGAGGAAUAUCUUGAACUACCUACCUUAGUAGCUCAAAUUAAUCACUCAUUACCGUCAAUAAUAAAAUGUUUAGUUUAUAAGCUCACCAUGAAUUAUAUAUAGUUUUAAAAUGUACAUUAUUUCAUAUUAUCCUGGUCAUAGUUUUUUAUGAUUAUAAUUACAGUAUAAUAUUCUGAUUC